AUGGCUCCAUUAUCCACACCACUCCGCAUGUUCCCCUUCAUCGGCAUCAUCAUCCUCCUCUUCUCUGCUGUUGCCCUUUCCCAGAAUCCUUCUACUACUACGACGACCCUUCCGUCCGCUCCUCAUAAGAAUGCCCGCAGCUCCGUCAUAGAUGGCACCGGCGCUGCUACUCAGGAUGAUACCGCGACAUUCGACGAUGCAUCCACCUAUCCUACCAAUCACAAUGGGGUCGCCAUUUCUACUGUUGCUUUGUUUACCUUGGCCAUGGCUGCUGCCACCGGCUUGGGUGCUCUCCCAUUUUUCUUUGUCGAGCUGGAUCCUCAGUGGGCUGGCUUGUGCAACGGCAUGGCCGCUGGAGUCAUGCUGGCUGCUAGUUUUGAUCUCGUUCAGGAAGGCCAGGCACAUGGAGCUGGCAGCUGGGUCAUGAUCGGAAUUUUGUCCGGUGGCGUCUUCAUCUUGCUCUGUAAGAAGUUCCUGGAACGAUAUGGAGAAGUCAGCAUGCUGGAUAUCAAAGGGGCUGACGCAACCAAAGUAGUCCUUGUUAUUGGAAUUAUGACUCUUCACUCAUUUGGAGAAGGCUCGGGAGUUGGGGUGUCCUUUGCUGGCUCAAAGGGUUUCUCUCAAGGGCUUUUGGUGACACUUGCCAUUGCUGUCCACAACAUACCCGAGGGAUUGGCUGUAAGUAUGGUUCUUGCAUCAAGGGGCGUUUCUCCUCAGAAUGCUAUGUUGUGGAGUGUCAUUACUUCCUUGCCGCAGCCCAUAGUAGCGGUUCCUUCCUUCAUCUGUGCUGAUUCCUUUAACAAGUUCCUACCCUUUUGCACCGGUUUUGCUGCUGGAUGUAUGAUCUGGAUGGUUGUUGCUGAGGUCCUUCCUGAUGCCUUCAAGGAAGCUUCUCCGUCUCAAGUGGCAUCAGCAGCUACAGUAUCAGUUGCAUUUAUGGAAGCACUCAGCACUUUGUUCCAGAAUUUCAGCCAUGAUUAUAACUCAGAGGAUGCUUCUGGCUUCUUCGUGUCGUUGCUUUUCGGUCUUGGUCCAUUGCUUGGUGGCAUAAUCCUUGUGGCAUUUGCUCUUGCAUUCCGUCUCCAACAUGCCCUCCUUAUGGGUUCAGCAUCUGGAAUUGCUUUUGUUCUUGCUGUGUGGCGACCAUUGCAGCUGCUUGUAUCUUCAAAGAUGGGAUUCAUACCUCUCGCAUUCUUACUAACAACAGGAGCAGCAUUCACCCAUACCCUAGGCUCCAGUGUCCUUGGUUUUGGGGGUCGCAAGAAAGUAUCAGCUAACAACUUGCCUUCCGUUUCUGGCUUUCCAAUGAGCAUUCACACCCUUCAAGCAUUCCUCUCUGGUGGAGCAGUUGGGUUGCAUGCAUUGGCCGAAGGACUCGCCCUCGGAGUGGCUGCCCCAAAAGCUUAUGGGCUUGGACGGCACAUGGUUCUUCCUGUUUCCUUGCACGGUCUCCCUAGGGGCGCAGCUGUCGCCAGCUGCAUCUUUGGGGCCACUGACAGCUGGCAGAGUGGACUGGCAGCAGCUGCUUUGAUUGGGUUUGUUGGCCCGAUGUCUGCAAUUGGAUCGAUACUUGCAGGAAUCGAUUAUAGUGGUCUGGAUCAUGUGAUGGUUUUUGCAUGUGGAGGUUUGUUCCCAAGCUUUGCAACCAUUGUGAUGAGAGCCAGCCGAUUGGAUUCGCGAAAAACAAGCAUUGGUGUAGGAGUUGGAGUUGGGUUUGCUGUACUGUGUUUGACUUGUACUAAGCUGGUGUGUCUCCACACUCCUUACUGUAAUUCUGCUCCGGAGGCAGUCAGAUGA